UAUGUGCAUCCUUUAACAGCUAGUGACUGGACUGUCUAUCCAUUCUCUACACAAAACCAAAAGGACUAUGAGAACCUCAUGUCAGUAUAUCUGGAUGCUGUCUUCUAUCCUCAGCUCCGUGAAUUGGACUUCAGACAAGAAGGAUGGCGUUUAGAACAUGAGGAUCCAAACAAUCCCGAAUCCCCGAUCCUAUUUAAGGGUGUGGUCUACAACGAGAUGAAGGGAGUGUUUUCUGAUUCCAUGAACAUAUUUAUGCAAGCUGUCCAGAACAAACUGAUGCCAAACCAUACCUAUGGUGUUGUAUCCGGGGGAGAUCCACCAGCCAUCACAGGCCUCACCUGGCAACAGCUGAAAGACUUCCAUCAUUCCCACUACCAUCCGACCAACUCAAAGUUCACAACGUAUGGUGACAUCCCUUUAGAGCGCCACCUAGAGCUCAUUAAUGGAAACUACCUGGAGAAAUUUGACCGAAUCAGCAUUGAUACACGAGUGCCACUGGAGCCCCGAUGGAGCGAGUCUAGAACAGCACACAUCACAUGUUCCUACGACCCAACGGCCACCGAGAAGCAGACAACAGUCUCAGCCAACUUCUUACUGUCCGAAAUUUCAGAUAUAUUUGAAUCCUUCACGAUGAAUAUCAUUUGCACCCUUUUGACGGAUGGAGAAACAUCUCCGUUUUAUCAGGCUCUACUUGAGGCAAACAUCGGAUCUGAUUAUGCCCCAUUGACAGGGUAUCAAGGAGAAAUGAAAGAAGCAGCUUUUAGUGUUGGACUGCGGGGCAUUCAUACUGAUGAUGUAGAUAAGGUCAAGGACAUCAUCAGUUCGACCUUUGACAAGGUCAUCAGUGAGGGUUUUGACCAGAAGAACAUUGAUGCCCUACUACAUCGUAUCGAGCUGGGACUGAAACACCAGUCUGCAAAUUUUGGCCUCAACAUGGCAUUGAAUCUGGCCUCAGUCUGGAACCAUGACGGAGACCCAAUGUUGGCACUGCAGAUCAACAGACAGAUUACACAAUUCCGACAGGCCCUCACUGACAACCCAUCCUUCCUUCAGGACAAGGUCAAACAGUACUUCAAGGACAAUCCCCAUUGUCUGGUGAUCACUAUGGAGCCUGACAAAGACUUUGAGGAGGUCAGAAGCAAAGAGGAAUCCGAAAGACUGAAGCAGCAUGUUAGCCAACUGACCGCUGCUGACCGCAAGAUUAUUCUAGACACAG